AUGCCUCUCCCGGAAGUCCCCAGAGCCAUGACUGCAACUGUGCAGACACUGCGGUUCAAGCUGGUGCCGCACGAACCGGGCCAGGAGUGGGGGUACAGCUGCCAGCAGGAAAUCGAGCGUCGCUACCAGGUGGUGCCCUCAGUGGUGUGUGCCAUGUGCUGCCUCUUUGGCAUCAUCUACUGCUUCUUCGGUUACCGCUGCUUCAAGGCAGUCAUGUUCCUGACGGGACUGAUGUUCGGCUCCAUCAUCAUCUUCAUGCUGUGCUACAAGGAGAGGGUACUGGACACGCAGCUGAGUGUGGAGGCCUCAGUGGGCAUCGGGCUGGGCAUCGGGGUCCUGUGUGGGCUGGUCACCAUGCUGGUGCGCAGCGUCGGCCUCUUCAUGGUGGGGCUGCUCCUGGGGCUGCUGCUGGCGGUGGCCACGCUGGUGGUGAUGGAGCAGUUUUACCACCCACCGACGGUGUGGAUCCCCAUCGCACUGCUCCUGGGCGUUGGGAUGCUCUUCGGCCAGCGUUUCUUCCCCCCCCUCUCCACUGCCGUCUUCGGCAGUGCCAUCAUGACCGUCACCGUUGACUACUUCAUUGAGCUUUUCCUCCUGGUGCAGUACAUCUACGAGCGCAUCAAGGUGGCCCCUGCUCGCCCUGUAUGCUGGUACAGCUGGGUCAUCCUGGGU